CGUAAAGAUCCGGGCUCUAGGAAGGAUGAAUGUUAUUGUUAAUUUCAAAGAUGGCGGCGGCGGAGGGAGGAGGGAAGGAGAUGAACGAAAUUAAAACUCAGUUCACUACACGGGAAGGCGUCUAUAAACUCCUCACUCACUCCGAAUAUAGCCGUCCCAACAGGGUGCCGUUUAAUUCCCAGGGUUCGAACCCCGUCAAAGUCUCCUUCGUCAACGUCAAUGACCAGUCUGGUAACGGCGACAGAAUCUGUUUUAAUGUGGGCCGGGAGCUGUACUUCUACAUCUACAAAGGAGUUAGAAAGGUAGAUAAACAUUAUGCUAACAGUCGUCUUGCUUAUAAUUGGUGUGUCUUAAUUGAUGGCCACAGGUCAGUGUUGUCCAGUUUGCCUGGUUUAUGACUAACGCAGAGCACGGUGUCCUAUAGCACCACAGGUCAGUUCUGACUGCACAGUCCACCUCGUCCAAAAGUGUUGUGGUAUGCACCGCGAGCCAGCUAGCCAACUAGCAGACUGGCUAACUCUAAUCUGACAGUCACAGUUAGGCCGUAACACCUAUCAACGCACAGUGGACAUGGUGGACAUUUUACUAGAAUCACAAUAUUGGCAAUGAAUGCAUGCUCGUGAAAUCACAAGUGUGACCUCUACUUCUACUUCCACUUGGGUGAUGACUUGCAGUGCACGGAGGCGCUGUCUGAUGUGACCUAGACAAGCUAGUCUUGACGGGUGGAAAGCUAGCUACAUGACUGCUUAAACAACAGUUGUGGAGUUAAGAACAAGGUGGUGUUGUGAAUUAAUUUGCACAAUAACUUGCAAAUUCACAUACAUAUGAAGAUGUUAUUUGACCUCAAUCUAAAUCUGCGUGCAGGAUUUCCAUUGAAUGGUUUUUGCAUCAACUUCCAAUGACGUGUCAGCCUGGUGAUGUAGGAAGUGCUUCCUGGACUUCAGUCAGAGAGAGGGGCAUCUUAGUGAGUGAGUCGCUCUGAACUUGUGGACAUGACAAGUUGAUCAUGCAGGGCUUCAGGUGCUUGAUCCUAAUUUCCUCAGUGUGGCAGAUAGCAGACCAAAUCUAUAGUUUUUCAUUUUUUCCCAAGUGUGUAAACAGAUCUGAACAUCUACAAUAUUCAUGAGGACUAUACAGGUGCAUAAAUACUAAAGCGUGUACCUUUCUGACAUUCCCUAGCUGGGAUAUACUAUAUGGGCUAUGGUUGGAAAAGGCCUAUGCAAAAACAGCUGAGCUGACUGGAGACGUGAAGUUACACAAGAAAACGUUCCAAUCUGCUGAUGGCGUGAACCAUUCACUGUGCUAGUAAACUCACUGUGCCCCUGAGGCAUUUUGAAUAAAGCACAAACCCAAGAGGCUAGAGUUGCAUGCCCUGGUCUGAUUCUUUAUGUCAGUAUUGUUCAUAACAAUCAGCAGCGAGCCCCCUGAGACACCACAUUGUCAUGUAGGCCUUAUUUCAGGAAUAUAUUUUUUUGGGUGUCUUUGAUUGUACUGUAAUGCACUUAAACUAUUGACUUCAAAGACCGCGUCAUAGACCUAGUUGCCAUUUCAAAAGGCCUUUAAUAUUUGCUGUCAUGUUCAAAGAAUUCUGUGUCAUCAUGAGCACUCUACUCAUGUCGGCUUCAUUGCUUGUGCAUGCCACCCUUGAUAAUUUGAUCAAGAGCCGAAAACAUGCAACACUGAAAAGGUUACUGCCAUAAUCGUAUCUCGCUGUUUUAUUUUUUUGUAUGCUUUUCUUUCAGGCGGCUGACUUGAGCAAGCCUAUUGACAAGAGGAUAUACAAGGGAACACAGCCCACAUGUCAUGACUUCAACCACCUCACGGCCACAGCGGACAGCGUAUCCCUGCUGGUGGGCUUCUCGGCAGGCCAGGUGCAGCUCAUCGACCCCAUCAAGAAGGAGACCAGUAAGCUCUUCAAUGAGGAAGUAAGUUGGCAGGAAAGUCUCAAAAGGAAUGUAAAGCCACAUAAAACUGUGAUUGAAUUUGUGGCAGGACUAAAACCACCAUAGAUUUGGGGUAGAGAUGGAAAUGGCGUUUUGUUACUGACUUCAAAUGUUCUGUUUUUUGACGUAACUCGGUGAAAGACAUUGUUGCUUACAAUUGAAUUUGAACAUUUUUGUUCCUUCUCUCCCAGAGACUAAUAGACAAAUCCAGAGUGACUUGUGUAAAAUGGGUGCCCGGCUCGGAGAGUUUGUUCCUAGUCACUCAUUCCAGUGGAAACAUGUACUUGUACAACGUGGAAAACACGUGUGGCACCACGGUUCCUCACUACCAGUUGCUCAAACAGGGCAAGAACUACUCGGUGCACACGUGUAAGAGCAAGUCCACGCGCAACCCUUUGCUCAAAUGGACGGUGGGCGAGGGAGCGCUUAACGAGUUUUGUUUUUCACCCGACGGGAAGUUCCUGGCGUGUGUGAGCCAGGACGGCUUCCUUCGGGUCUUCAACUUUGAUGCGGUGGAGCUGCACGGGACCAUGAAAAGCUACUUUGGGGGUCUGCUGUGCGUGUGCUGGAGUCCGGACGGAAAGUACAUUGUCGCGGGGGGCGAGGAUGAUCUGGUGACCGUGUGGUCAUUUGUCGACUGCCGGGUUAUCGCGCGCGGUCACGGACACAAAUCAUGGGUCAGCGUGGUGGCGUUUGACCACUACACGACCAGCGUGGAGGAUGCGGACCCUAUGGAGUUCAGUGGCAGCGACGAGGACUUCCAGGACCAGAUCCACUUUGGUCGCGACCGGGCCAACAGUACGCAGUCCCGGCUCUCCAAGCGCAACUCCACGGACAGUCGGCCAGUACACACCACGUACAGGUUUGGCUCAGUGGGCCAGGACACUCAGCUGUGCUUGUGGGACCUCACAGAAGAUAUCCUUUUCCCUCACCUCCCGCUUUCCCGGACAAGAACGCACACCAAUGUGAUGAACGCUACCAGCCCCCCGGUGGGAGGGGGUUUGGGAGGCGGAGUCGCUGGUGGCGUAGUGAACAAUGGGAGUAAUAACCCUAGCACGAACGGCAACAACAGCGGCGCCAACACCCCCAGUAACUCCCUCCCCUCUCCCCUGCCACGCUCCAACAGCUUACCGUACUCGCCAGCUACGACUGCCAACAACAAGAGCAGCGUCAUGGACAGUGCCAUUGCCUCAGGUGUCAGCAAGUUUGCCACGCUCUCCCUUCACGAUCGCAAAGACCAGCACCAUGACAAGGACCACAAACGGAACCACAGCAUGGGCCACAUUAGCAGCAAGAGCAGUAACAUGCUCACCAAAACCAGAACAGACCCUGCUAAGACUCUGGGGACACUGCUCUGUCCCCGCAUGGAAGACCUACCCCUACUAGAGCCCCUUAUCUGUAAAAAGAUAGCACACGAGAGACUGACUGUCUUAAUAUUUCUUGAAGACUGUAUAGUGACAGCUUGUCAGGAGGGAUUUAUUUGGACAUGGGCAAGGCCUGGCAAAGUGGUAAGUUCUUUUUGAAUAGAAUUUAAGUUCUGCUUAAUACCCAUGCAUUUCUCUUUGUAGUAACAAAAAAAAAAAAAGUUAGUUUGGGCACAGCAAGGAUCCAUUUAGAAACUUUAGUAUAAUUGUGGACAUUUUGGACAGCAUUGUGAGGUGUGGGGAUCUCCUGCACAUGCAGUAUGUCACAUCUCAAACUGUCUGUAUGUGUGUGUUUUGUGUUCAUCUGCCGCCCCAUGCAAAGCCCACACAUUUUCAAGAUAUGAAUCAUGUUUAGACAUUCGUAUGUUAUGUACAAUCAAGUCACCUGGUGGAUAAGUAAGUGCACUUAGGCAGCCCUUGUAAUCAGUGGAAAGAAGACAUUGAUCCCAACCGAGUGUGUUUGUGUGCAUCGGCUUGAAAACACCCAUAUUGACUCAUUACCAUCCAACAAGGCACCGCAGUAUGGAGGACUAAAAGUGCCACAAUUAAAUAAAUAAAUACACCAUUAAAUAAUUACUUAAAUGUGUCAUUAAUUAAUUAAAAUUAGAAUUAAAUACAUAAAUGUGUUAUUAAAUGUGUCAUUAAUUAAUUCAAAUACCGAUUCAUUUUAUGUAAAAUACAUAUAUAAUAAUUUCACUAUUUACAUUUACAUUUCAUGGUCCUGCGUUGGAGUGCUUCCUGAAUUACUUAAAACUGUCAAACUGACCCAUCAAAAGUUGGUAGGCGGAACCUAACGCCUGAUUGGUUACCCUCUGCAUCAAGCCAAGACAAAUCAAUUCCGGCUAAUGUCAGCAGGUCCUGCUUCUACAUCCUCUGCUAAGUUUAAAAUGUCUCUAACCAACUCCCUGGAAAGUUCACGGAGAUCCUCCAUUGUCUCUAUCCAGGUUGGCCUACUCUACUUCAGACCAAAGCAAUGGAUCAGACUAGAUUCGCGUUAGCCCCGCCCACUGACUUUGAUGGGUCAGUUUGACAGUUUUAAGUAAUUCAUGAAUCACUGCAAUGCAGGAUCAUGAAAUGUAAAUGUAAAUAGUGAAAUAAUUAUAUAUGUAUUUUACAUAAAAUGAAUCGGUAUUUGAAUUAAUUAAUGAUACAUUUAAUUACACAUUUAUGUAUUUAAUUCUAAUUUGAAUUAAUUAAUGACACAUUUAAGUAAUUAUUUAAUGGUGUAUUUAUUUAUUUAAUUGUGGCACUUUUAGUCCUCCAUACCGCAGCAUUACCAAGCAAGACCUCUGCACGCUCACCCUCUACACAGAUUCUUUCAGCUUUCUACGUUAAUGCAUUACAUUCACUGCAUCAUCCACUCACUAACAUUUGAAAGUGGGAGAAGGAAGAUGAGGGUGAUUCAUUUGAUGCUUGUGAACUUUCCCCAAUGCAAAUCUCCUUGUUUUCCUUUCCAGGGUUUAUUGUCAUCCCAAAACCAAGCCGUGUCUCCCAGUGGAACUGUAGUAUAGCCCACACUAUUUCUGCUGCUAAGAAACCUCCAUUACACCAGAGCCUGGUGAUGCUCUUCACCCCACAAAGCAUUGCAAGUGUUUUCCUUUCUCUUGUUACUUUUUCUAUUCUCCUUUGUGUUUUUGGUUAUCAUUCAUAUGGCCUAGAUGGUAGAAGUCUUCAAAUACAGAAAUGGAAAUGGUGUGGAGCCAUUUUGGACAGUGGUUCUAAAGUAUUUUCUGGAAUUUAAAAAUGUUUUUCAUUAUUUCUCUCCUCUCACAUCUCGCUAGACUGUUUUCUGGACUUCGUGCUUGGCUUAGUUAGAUGCAAACCAGUCAAAUGAUGCUUGUGCUUAAAAUGAGAGUUCACCCAACUUUCAUCAUUCCUAUUUCUUACCAUGCAAGUGGUCCAUGGGCCAGGAGUGACUGCCACCAGCCG